AUGAAGCUCGUCAGAUUUUUGAUGAAGUGCGCCAACGAGACGGUGACAAUCGAGCUCAAGAAUGGCACCAUCGCUCACGGCACCAUCUCGUCCGUGACCCCCCAGAUGAACGUCGCCCUCCGCACGGUCAAGAUGACGGCGCGCGGCCAAGACUCCAUCGCCCUCGACACCAUGAACAUCCGUGGCUCAACAAUCCGAUACUUUAUCCUCCCCGACUCCCUCCCGCUGGACACCCUGCUCAUCGACGACGCGCCCAAGCCCAAGAACAAGGCGAGGAAGGAGGCUGACAGAGGCGGCCGCGGUGGUCGUGGAGGCCGUGGCAGAGGAGGUCGCGGUCGUGGCCGCGGCCGUGGACGUGGCUAAAGCUCUUUUUUUCUUUUUUUUUUCUCAUUCGCGACGGACGAUGAUAAUUCGAUGAGGGGUGGGGGGUGGGGGUUAUUGAGGGACCCGAGGCGAACCAUACCUUCUGAUUUCUGGCUAAGCAAAGGCCAAUGGCCCAUGUCAGUGGGUGGAGGGAUCUUUUUGUAACACGAUACAGAACAGAGCACGUCAUUUUUUUUUUUUUG